AUGGAGGCGGCGGCGGGCGGCCGGGGCGGCUUCCAGCCGCACCCGGGGCUGCAGAAGACGCUGGAGCAGUUCCACCUGAGCUCCAUGAGCUCGCUGGGCGGCCCGGCCGCCUUCUCGGCGCGCUGGGCGCAGGAGGCCUACAAGAAGGAGAGCGCCAAGGAGGCGGGCGCGGCCGCGGUGCCGGCGCCGGUGCCCGCAGCCGCCGAGCCGCCGCCCGUGCUGCACCUGCCUGCCAUCCAGCCGCCGCCGCCCGUGCUGCCUGGGCCCUUCUUCAUGCCGUCUGACCGCUCCACCGAGCGCUGCGAGACCGUGCUGGAGGGCGAGACCAUCUCGUGCUUCGUGGUGGGCGGCGAGAAGCGCCUGUGCUUGCCGCAGAUCCUCAACUCGGUGCUGCGCGACUUCUCGCUGCAGCAGAUCAACUCGGUGUGUGACGAGCUUCACAUCUACUGCUCGCGCUGCACGGCGGACCAGCUGGAGAUCCUCAAAGUCAUGGGCAUCCUGCCCUUCUCGGCGCCCUCGUGCGGGCUCAUCACCAAGACGGACGCUGAGCGCCUGUGCAACGCGCUGCUCUACGGUGGCGCCUACCCGCCGCCCUGCAAGAAGGAGCUGGCCGCCAGCCUGGCGCUGGGCCUGGAGCUCAGCGAGCGCAGCGUCCGCGUGUACCACGAGUGCUUCGGCAAGUGCAAGGGGCUGCUGGUGCCUGAGCUCUACAGCAGCCCGAGCGCCGCCUGCAUCCAGUGCCUCGACUGCCGCCUCAUGUACCCGCCGCACAAGUUCGUGGUGCACUCGCACAAGGCCCUGGAGAACCGGACUUGCCACUGGGGCUUCGACUCGGCCAACUGGCGGGCCUACAUCCUGCUGAGCCAGGACUACACGGGCAAGGAGGAGCAGGCUCGCCUCGGUCGCUGCCUGGACGACGUGAAAGAGAAGUUCGACUAUGGCAACAAGUACAAGCGGCGGGUGCCCCGGGUCUCCUCCGAGCCCCCGGCCUCCAUAAGACCCCAAACAGAUGACACCUCCCAGUCCCCCGCGCCUUCUGAGAAGGACAAGCAGUCCGGUUGGCUGCGGACCUUGGCCGGCUCCUCCAACAAGAGUCUCGGCUGCGUCCACCCUCGCCAGCGCCUUUCCGCCUUCCGGCCCUGGUCCCCCGCAGUUUCCACGAGUGAAAAAGAGAUCUCCCCACACCUCCCAGCCCUGAUUCGAGACAGCUUUUACUCCUAUAAGAGCUUCGAGACGGCUGUGGCCCCCAACGUGGCCCUCGCACCACCAGCCCAGCAGAAGGUUGUGAACAGCCCACCAUGUGCCACCGUCGUCUCCCGGGCCACCGAGCCUCUCACCACUUGCAUUCAGCCGCGGAAGCGGAAGCUGACCGUGGACGCGCCCGGAGCCCCAGAGGAGGACAAGGACUCGGAGGCUGAGGUCGAAGUUGAAAGCAGAGAGGAAUUCACGUCCUCCUUGUCCUCGCUGUCCUCCCCGUCCUUUACCUCAUCCAGCUCUGCCAAGGACCUGAGCUCCCCGGGCACGCACGCCCCACCCACGGCCGCCCCCGACGCCGCAGCCCACGCCGACGCCCCCAGCGGGCUGGAGGCGGAGCUGGAGCACCUGCGGCAGGCCUUGGAGGGCGGCCUGGACACCAAGGAAGCCAAAGAGAAGUUCCUGCACGAGGUGGUCAAGAUGCGUGUGAAGCAGGAGGAGAAGCUCAACGCGGCCCUGCAGGCCAAGCGCAGCCUCCACCAGGAGCUGGAGUUCCUGCGCGUAGCCAAGAAGGAGAAACUGCGGGAGGCCACAGAGGCCAAGCGCAACCUGAGGAAGGAGAUCGAGCGCCUGCGCGCAGAGAACGAGAAGAAGAUGAAAGAGGCCAAUGAGUCACGCAUGCGUCUGAAGCGAGAGCUGGAGCAGGCGCGGCAGGUCCGGGUGUGUGACAAGGGCUGCGAGGCCGGCCGCCUGCGCGCCAAGUACUCCGCCCAGAUCGAAGACCUGCAGGUGAAGCUGCAGCACGCGGAGGCUGACCGCGAGCAACUGAGGGCCGACCUGCUGCGGGAGCGCGAGGCCCGCGAGCACCUGGAGAAGGUGGUGAAGGAGCUGCAGGAGCAGCUCUGGCCACGGCCCCGCCCCGAGGCCGCGGGCAGCGAGGGCGCUGCUCAGCUGGAGCCCUAGGGAGCCCCUGCGGCCGUGGCGCCAACGACGACAGGGUGCAGAGAGGAGUGGGGCGGGCGGCGCUGCCCCCAGCCCGGCCC